UAGCAGAUGUUCCCAAUCCAUUAAAAGGACAGGACCCUUUUGCAUUUUAAGCUAUGGGGCAUUAGAAAAAAAACACAAUAACCAUUCUCUGAUUUUUUUUUUUAACCUUCGUGGGGUCUUGCUAGAUGUGUGGGAGGGCAUUUUUUCCAGUAUCGUUAUGAUAAGAAGGAGAAGUAAUAAUUGGAUUCGUCCUUUAAUGGCAAUAGCAUCUACCUUUUCUGUUGUCCCUAAUGAUUUUCAGCUUUUGUCAUGUGUAAAGUUUUUAUCUACUACCAUUGAUUCACAUGGUGGUGGUGGUGUAGGAAAAUACCCUUUUAACAAUGCUACGGCUCUCAGGCUUUGGGGCUGCUGUUCUUCUUCUUCUUCUAAUGAUUCAAAUACAAGUUGUAACAAUAAGUAUGUGAAUGGGUUUCAGAGGGCACAUGCUUUUGCUCCAUCUCUCCCUCUCUUGCUACAUGAUGAUGCAGAGGGAGCUAGUACUAGUAAUGCUACUAAGCCUUCUGAUACUAACAGCAUUACAUCUAACAGAGGAAGCUGUGCUGGAUUCGUUAACCAGGAUUUACAUGACAAAAUUGUUGUGGCUGUUGAUGUUGAUGAAGUCCUUGGGAACUUUGUUUCAGCUCUCAACGAAUUUAUUGCAGAUCGUUACUCAUCAUACUAUUCGGUGUCUGAAUAUCAUGUUUAUGAAUUUUUCAAGAUAUGGAAAUGCUCAAGAGAUGAAGCUGAUAUCCGUGUCCAUGAAUUCUUCAAGACCUCUUAUUUCAAGACGGGAAUUCAUCCAAUUCCCGGUGCUCGACAGGCUCUUCAAAAGAUGUCUAGAUUCUGUAACCUGUCAAUUGUAACGUCCCGGCAAAACGCCAUUAAAGCUCACACAAUUGAGUGGAUUGAGAGGCAUUAUCCUGGAUUGUUUCAGGAUAUGCACUUUGGCAAUCACUUUGCACUGAAUGGGCAGUCUAUAGCUAAAUCAGAUAUUUGCAGGUCCUUGGGAGCAAAUGUUUUGAUUGAUGACAAUCCAAGGUAUGCUAUCGAGUGCGCGGAAGCUGGAAUCAAGGUUCUUCUCUUUGAUUAUGAAAAUUCAUACCCAUGGUCCAAGAGUGAGUCACUUAAUGGGCAUCCUAUGGUUAAGAAAGUGCACAACUGGAGAGAAGUGGAGCAUCAGUUAGUUUCAUGGAUAGUACCCAGGAAUUCCUCUCCAAAUUAGACUAAAAAAAAUAUGUAUGAUUUGUAUUCUAUUUGACUUCAUAUAUUAAACCAAUCGUAAACCUGCUUGAAGGCGAUCAAAACGUGAAGCCUCAGCUAUUAGAAGUUGGUAAUCAGUAGAAUAAUCGUAUCAUCUUUUAUUUUUUGUUCCA